GGAGGGACAUGGCGUGCGUGCGCUAAUGUCAGACAGCAGAUAUGGUCCGUUAGCGGGAGAGAAAAAACGAAGGGGAAAAGAUAAGCGGCUGCCAGAGCCUCUACAAUAAUUGCAUUAACGGAAUUGUCUCUCGGUGCACAAAAGCUUGUUCUUGAAAAACCAUAUCACCUAAUUUGGCAAUGAGGACAUCUGUCAUCCGUGCAUACCAUUUGUUUUGGAGGAUUGGGGGACACAACUGAAUCGUUUUUUUGUUUUUUUACAGCUGAAAGGGUGCAAUUAUAGCUUGGAUAGAGGGAAAGGGUGGAAAUAGUGUGGAGAGGACGUAUAGGGCAGGACAUUUCACCAUAUCCAACGGAGAAGGUUUUUAUCUCUCAUCGUGUAUUAUUAAACGAAGGUUGAUUCCGUAGCCUACCAUUACUAUUUCAAUCUCUAAUUCAUGGUGUUGGUUUUUUGAUUUUCCACUCAUCCUUUUUUCCGUGGUAAAGGAUGCCAGACCAGAUCUCGGUAUCCGAGUUCCUCUCGGAGACCACCGAGGACUACAAUUCCCCCACUACUUCCAGUUUCACCACCCGGUUGCAGAGCUGCAAGAACACAAUCAAUGUUCUGGAGGAGGCUUUGGAUCAAGACCGGACUGCUUUACAGAAGGUGAAGAAGUCUGUGAAAGCCAUCUACAACUCUGGUCAAGAUCAUGUCCAGAAUGAAGGGAAUUAUGGCCAGGCACUGGACAAGUUUGGUAGCAACUUCAUCAGCAGGGACAACCCCGAUCUGGGAACCGCCUUUGUCAAGUUCUCCAGCCUCGUCAAGGAGCUGUCCGCACUUCUGAAGAACCUGCUCCAGAGCUUGAGCCAUAAUGUGAUCUUCACCCUGGACUCUCUUCUCAAAGGGGACCUCAAAGGAGUGAAGGGGGAUAUAAAGAAGCCGUUUGACAAGGCAUGGAAGGACUAUGAGGCCAAGUUCACCAAGAUUGAGAAGGAGAAGCGGGAGCAUGCUAAACAACAUGGGAUGAUCCGGACUGAGAUUACCGGAGCUGAGAUUGCAGAGGAGAUGGAGAAGGAGCGACGUCUCUUCCAGUUACAGAUGUGCGAGUACCUGAUCAAAGUGAAUGAGAUCAAAACUAAGAAGGGAGUUGACCUGCUCCAGAACCUCAUAAAGUACUACCAUGCACAGUGCAACUUUUUUCAGGAUGGAUUGAAAACCGCAGACAAGUUAAAGCAGUAUAUUGAGAAGCUUGCAGCUGACCUGUAUAAUAUAAAGCAGACCCAGGAUGAGGAGAAGAAGCAGUUGACGGCCCUAAGAGACCUCAUUAAAUCAUCUCUGCAGCUGGACCAAAAGGAGUCUAGGAGAGACUCUCAGAGCAAGCAGAGUGGAUACAGCAUGCACCAACUACAGGGGAACAAGGAGUUUGGCAAUGAGAAGAAGGGCUAUUUGAUGAAGAAAAGCGAUGGGUUACGGAAGGUGUGGCAAAGGAGGAAAUGUUCUGUGAAGAGCGGCAUCCUCACUAUCGCACAUGCCACAUCUAACAGACAGCCGGUGAGACUGAACCUACUGACCUGCCAGGUCAAACCCAGUGGGGAGGACAAGAAGUGCUUCGACCUCAUCUCCCAUAAUCGCACAUAUCAUUUCCAGGCUGAAGAUGAACAAGAGUUUGUGAUCUGGAUAUCGGUGCUGACCAACAGUAAAGAGGAGGCACUGAACAAGGCGUUCCGCGGGGAGCAGAGUACAGGAGGAGAGGACACUCUGGAUGACCUGACCAAAGCCAUCAUAGAAGACGUGCUACGGAUGCCUGGCAACGAAAUCUGCUGUGACUGUGGUGCAGCUGAGCCAAAAUGGCUGUCUACCAAUCUUGGCAUCCUGACGUGUAUCGAAUGCUCUGGGAUCCACAGGGAGAUGGGUGUCCACAUCUCCCGCAUCCAGUCCAUGGAGCUAGACAAACUGGGGAGCUCCGAACUCUUGCUGGCUAAGAACAUAGGGAACAGUAGUUUCAAUGGCAUCAUGGAAGGCAAUAUUCCAUGUCCCUCGCCAAAGCCCACCCCAUCAAGUGACAUGACGGUGAGGAAGGAGUACAUCAACGCUAAAUACGUGGAGCACAAAUUUGCCCACCGGACUGGCAAAGCCACGGUUCCAGGCAAGCUGUCAGAGGCGGUGCACUCCCGAGAUCUGCUGUUACUUAUCCAGAUAUAUGCAGAGGGGGCGGAGCUUAUGGAGCCCCUGCCCGAGGCAGGAAAGGAGCCCGGUGAGACUGCCCUCCACUACUCUGUGAGGACUGCUGACCAGACCUCCCUGCAUCUAGUGGACUUCCUGGUGCAAAACAGUGGUAAUCUAGACAGUCAGACGGAGAAUGGAAACACUGCACUACACUACUGCUGUCUGUAUGAAAAACAAGAAUGUUUGAAACUGCUACUGCGGGGCAAGCCAGCCAUCGACAUCGCCAAUCAAAGUGGAGAGACUGCUCUGGACAUUGCAAGAAGGUUGCAAGAUACCCAGUGCGAGGAAACACUGAUGGAGGCGGCAGAGGGGAAGUUUAACCCUCACGUCCAUGUGGCGUAUGAGUGGAACCUGCGACUGGAGGAAAUAGACGAGAGUGAUGAUGACCUUGAUGACAAGCCCAGUCCUGUGAAAAAAGAGCGCUCUCCGCGGCCCCAGAGCUUCGGCCACUCCUCCAGUAUGUCCACCCCUCAGGACAAGCUGACACUCCCGGGGGGCUACACUCCUCACAGGGACAAACAGCGCCUAUCCUAUGGGGCCUUCGCCAACCCAGUCUACAGCACUUCCACAGACACGCCUCCCUCACCAGGACCUGACGGGACUACACUACCCAGCAGGACAGCAGGGAAAGCACCCUCUACUGGCCCGCCUACCCCCCUUCUUCUGGGCUCCCAGACUGGAGGCAGCGGGGGCAGCUCCACCCUCAAGAAGAGACCCCCACCCCCUCCCCCCGGGCACAAGCGUACCCUCUCAGACCCCCCCAGCCCAGUCCUGCAAGGCCCCCAGAGUAAAGGUGGGACCGGUUGGGGAAGCGAGUCCACUCCACCGCCUACAAACAGGACCUCACCUGGAAACAAGUUUGAGCAGCAGCAGAGUACUACCAUUAGUAAUACCAAGUCAACACUUGGUCCAAGGGUUCUACCCAAACUACCCCAAAAAGUGGCACUACGGAAGAUCGACACUAUGCACCUCCCUUCAGUGGACAAGCUCUGCCAACCUCCGGAGGUUCUAAAGAGGUCAACCUGCGCCCAACUAGAGUCUUACCAAAAAUCCCCCCAGCCCCUGCAGACCCCCGGAGACACCCCUCAGAGGGCCCCGUUGGCAGAAAAACCGCAGCUAAGCGAACUGCCUCCCAAACCCCAGAUGUCAGAUCUGCCCCCCAAGCCCCAGCUCUCUGACCUCCCCCCAAAACCACAGCUGUCGGACCUCCCGCCCAAACCGCAGCUCAAGGACCUCCCGCCCAAGCCUCAACUGAGCGACAUCCCUCCGAAGCCCCCUGUCAGUGAGCGGCUCCAUCCGGGCGAGGCCGUGCAGACUGCGAUGGAUGGGCGGUCUUGCAGUCAACAGGGGGAGCUGUCACCCAGACAGGCCAGUGAGGACACCAAUGGAUCCCCGCCGGGUGCAGUGGAAAUGCCUGUGCCGCUGCCUCGGAAGAUCAACACUGGGAAGAGUAAAACUAGACGGGUGAAGACCAUCUACGACUGCCAGGCGGAUAACGAUGAUGAGCUGACCUUUGCAGAGGGAGAGGUUAUCAUCGUCACAGGAGAGGAGGACCCGGACUGGUGGAUCGGGCACAUAGAGGGACAUCCCGAGAGGAAAGGGGUCUUCCCCAUGUCCUUUGUACACAUUCUGUCUGACUGACAGCCGGAGAGACAGGUGUGAGGCCCUGCCCUCCCCUGGCCUCACAUCAGACUGUAGGUGGAGGCUAUGUUAAUAGCUGCCGUUACAACAGGAAGCGAAACAAAAUGCGAACGAAGAAUCCAACCCAGCCUCAUUGCAAUGAAGACUUGUUGUAUAUAAACUGUGUUAUCCUGCCUACCAGUAUUACCGUAGCAGCAACCCAGCAUGAAACUGGGUUUGCAGUAGCUAUCCUCGGAAUCAAGCACUUCAAACAUUUCUCAAUGUAUGCUGUAACUGUAUGUAUGUGUAUAGAUAAACAAAUCUAUGUAUGUCCAUGUAAGUGUAUCUUUGUACAUACAUAUGCACACCUAAGAGUGUAUAUUUCUGUACUUAUGUACAUAUACAAGUGUGCAUAUGUACAUUGACCCUGCUUGCUUAGAGAUGUAGGGCUAUCUUCUUCUUGUUCCAAUGGUAUACCAUUUUAGCUGGACUGUUUUAUGUCAUUAUCAUCUCUUGAACUCCUGGAAGUAGUUAAUGAUCAUGACUCAUGAGAGGUCAAUUUGAUAAGGAGUUUGUUACUUAGAUAAUAUACAGUAUAUUAACCCUUAAGGCCCAUAUCCUCUCCCUCUACAGGCCUGUUGUUUUGGCAAUGAAAGUGAGUUUCGAGAAAGACUGAAAGGUUGGAGGAAGUAUUUAUUCAUGACAUAAAUAUAGAAUUUAUUGUGGGUGUCGCUUGUGUGUGUUUUCGCACGUGGCAAGUGUUUGUACAUUCACUCUGCAAAAACAGUGCACAGUUACAGUCACUCACCCUUCUAGAUAACUUGAAGAAAGCCUGUGUUAAAGACUAACCAUUUUCAUACUUUAGUUUUUAAUUUAGGCCAGAACGUUAAAGUCUUUGCCGUGUUGUCUUACCGUAUUACUUAACGGCCUUGUUGUAAACAGAAAGGAUGAUUUGGAGUGGAUUUUUUAAAACAGGCUUUCUUCUUUUUACUUUGUCAUACAGGCAAGUGAUGUGGAGUGAAUGCAAUGUUGUUGAUCCCUUUGUAUUUUCAAGUAUUGUGGUUACUGUAUCAUGUUAUGGGUAUGCUUGUCACUGGCAGGGACUGGGGAGUUUGUCAGGAUGAAAGGAAAUAUGAAAGGAGCAAUUUUUAUGCGGGACAAAUGUUAAUCCCAAAGACACACUAGAAUGGCUUUCCAAGAGGUGGUGAGUGUUCCUGAAUGGUCCAGUGUCAGUCCUGACUUAAAUCUGCUUUAAGAAAUCAGAGACAAUGUUUGAAUAUUGCUGUCCAUCAAUGAUUCCCAACCAAAUAAAUGAAGCUUUAGGCCUGGUGCACAUCAGAGAUCACAGGCCAAAGCAUGAGGUCAUGUCGUUGAGCUUCAGGAUUAUUAGUGCAUUUUUUUACUCUUAUUCAAUUUUACCGUGGUUUGUCAUGUAGGAAUUUGCUGUGACUGACGGAGGUGUGAAAACAACUCUGACUGCCACGCUAACUUGCCAUUUUUAGGGACAAGGUUUCGCCUUAGUUUAAAAUAAAGCUGUUGUCGUAUUAACAGGAAAUAAAUGAUUAACUAUUAAUUAAUGCUUCUUGUAUUAUAUUUGAUGUUGAUGGUCAGUGAAAUUUUUUAGGACUAUAGUUAGUAAUUGUUAAAGGGAGACACCUUUUAUUGAGUAUUGAGAGUAAAUUGAUGUUUGUUUCUGUUUUGGGUAGGAGAAACUGGGCAAUUGACAGCUACACCACUAUCAUCAGUCUUUUUCCUUGUGUCUGGCAUUUACUGUUUACAGAAGCUCAUUCAGCUAGGUUAUUCCUUGUGGGAGAAACAUUGUUAGCACGUCUUGUGUUAUUAUUGUUCCUAAUAUGUGUGGUGAGAAUUGAAGCUUUCAUCACAGCCCCUUUAGACUAGGCUUUUUGUUACAAUUCUCAACAAAGUUUGUGGGAUUUCAGCACAGGCAAAACCAGUGGGGCCCCACUGAUGGAGGACAAGAUGAAAAGAAGAGUGAUUAAGCCAUGGCAAGCAAUUGGCUGAUUCACAAAUCCUCUAGAUUUUCACAUUUACUUGAAUAUUUAUUUAAUAUACAACUAUACCAGAAGCUGGACAAUAAUAAAUUAAACAUAUUCUAAUGCAUCAAAUUCGUGUCAAAUUCCACGCCUUCUGUGUUAUUCCCCACUCAAGUUGGAUGCAUAUUGGACGGGCACUGCCAAACAGUGCUUUUUAGAAGGCUAGUUUGACAUUUGUUUUAUUGCUAAAUAACUGGAUGAAAAUGUAUAUCCCUGUUCCGCAUGUGUGUUGGCUUCAUUGUUUGAUAUUGUGUGUGGAGGACAGAACCAUGACUCCAUUACCUAUCGAAUAAUAAAUAUUUUAUGUUGAA